AAACUGACAUUCAUACACAUUCACAAAACUUAGUUCCUAGGUUAUAUUACUUGCCAACAACAAUAGGAAACACAUCAUCCAUAUCCUUGAUUUAAAACGGAGAGAGGAUGAUGCUGUCCCGAAGGGUCCGCCAAAGGCUAAAGUGGCAGCUAGUCUGGGCAUGCUGUGUCCUGUUGUACGGUUUGGUCACUUCCACACUUCAAUAUCCAGCUGAUGAAAACAUCACUAAAACGGAGGUGCGAAACAGUGUUGCCAGUCCUACCACAACAACGCCCCUACACACGACGACAGAACCACCGUCAGGGGUACCAACCCUGAGGCCUCGCAGGGUGAACUGUACGCCUCCAGCGAUAGAACAGUUCCCAAAGCCCAUCCUUGGGCCCUCCUUCCGCAAACACGGGGGUCUCCUGUUCCACAUCAUCGUCUGCGUCUACUCCUUCAUCGGCUUGGCCAUCGUGUGUGACGACUACUUCGUCACCUCCUUGGACAGGAUCUGUGAAGAGUUCAAGCUCUCACCCGAUGUGGCGGGGGCCACAUUCAUGGCAGCAGGGUCUUCCGCACCUGAGUUGGCCACUGUCGUGAUUGGAGUGUUUUUCGCCAAGGAUGACAUCGGUGUCUCCGGAGUCAUAGGCUCUGCGGUGUUCAACAUCAUGUUUGUCAUCUCUGUGUGUGCUCUGUUCGCCGGAACCACCUCUUACCUCAACUGGUGGCCACUCUGUCGAGACUGCUUCUUCUACGCAAUCAGCAUACUAAUCAUGCUCUGCGUCAUCUUCGACGAGAAGAUUUCUUGGGGGGAGAGUCUGUUUAUGCUGUUCUGCUACAUCGGCUACUGCAUAGCUCUGGUGUUCAAUCAUCAGCUGGAGCAGUGGGUGCAGACAUGGCCGUGGAUACCUUGCAAGAACGUGGUGGAGCAAGAACACCUUGUCACCUACAAGACUAUGGACGGUCAGGGACAACCGACCACCACCGGCACGACCAACUACUCAGGCACUGGGCUUAGCCCGAUCGCCGAUCCCUACAGCACCAUCCGGGACUGGGACGAGCCCCAGCAGACGGGAAACAUUCAGCAGCCUCAACAGCAGCAGCAACAGCAGCAGCAGCAACAACAACAGCAGCAACAACAACCGCAGCAGCAGACACACGCACCCGGCAUGACUCCUAGACCGGAGUUUUACAAGGCUAAGGAGCAGGAUCCUAACCAGGUAUCACCUUUGAUCAAACCCGAGAACGCUGACCUAAGCACAAGGAUACAAUGGAGUCUGUGCCUCCCCGUGCACUAUAUGUGUACAAAGAGCAUGCCCGACUGUCGCUCCGAGCAGUACAGGAACUGGUACCCUCUCACCUUCGCUGUAUCCAUGAUCUGGAUCUCCUUCUACUCCUACAUAAUGGUUUGGAUGAUAACAAUCAUUGGAAGCACUCUUGGAAUACCAGACACUGUUAUGGGACUUACCUUUGUGGCUGCGGGUGUUAGCGUACCGGACGCCUUGUCCAGUCUUGCUGUGGUUAAAGAAGGCUAUGGAGACAUGGCGGUGUCCAACGCUGUAGGCAGCAAUGUGUUCGAUAUCCUCAUCUGCCUUGGCCUGCCAUGGUUCAUCCAGACAGCCAUGAUCAAGCCAGGUAGCCACGUCAACGUCUACAGCAAAGGCUUGACGUACUCGACACUGUCAUUGCUCUCCACCGUCGUUUUCCUCGUGUUCGCAACCCACGCCAACGGCUGGAAGUUGGACAAACGGUACGGAGUCAUCCUGAUGGUCUGGUACCUGCUGUUCAUAGCGUUCGCCUCUCUCUAUGAGCUCAAUGUGUUCGGGUUCAUGAACCCCCCCGAGUGUCCCAGCGACUACUAAGCUGUCUGCCAGUCUCGCCGAAAAUCUUCAUCUUGCCAAACAAAUGUUUGCAAUGUUUCUUUCAAGUGUUUUAUGUGUGAGGAAGAAUGGUAAGCUAGUCAAUCAGAUUCUGGAUGAUCAAAGAUCGGUAUACAACUUUUUCUAGAUUCGCGUUUGUCCUUUUAGUCAAACAACACGCUGUCUGUAUCAUACUGUAGUAAGGAAAGUGAAUAAGGAUGUUUUUGUUUUGUUUUUUUUUAGGGAGAGGAGGGAAAAUGCUUUUACUCACACAGGUAGCCAGCCUGUAGUGUGAGACUCCUGAAAUUAUCAGACUACUCCCUAAAAAAACCCCUCUACUCUGUUGGACACAGACCUGGAAUUGUUUGUCACAUUACUUCAAGUCAGGCCAACAUGUGACCUAAGCCCUCAGGGCUGACACCGUUUCUGGCAUUUAGUUUCUUUAUGACCUACAUCUCAACCCGGUCAAGGUCGAGCUUUUUGGCGCGGAGAAUACCCUGGAUGUAAUGUGACACACAGGUCCAAUUGUCCAUUAAGGAUGUGAUGUGAUUGAGGAUUGUAUGGUACUAAAGUAUUCAGAAACGAAAUUAGAACUUACGUAUGAACGAACUAAUGUAUUAAUGCACUGUAUUAGAGGAAUAAAUUCUUUUAAGAUAUUCGUAGUGAGACUUAAAGAAGGAUCACAGAUACAGUAGCUUUCAAAAAGGCUAUGAGUGAAUAACCUUCCAAGGUCAAGCAACAAUAAAGAGAAAGAAUACUUCCAAGAAUCUCUUUGACUAGUAUUGUAAAUGUUAUAUUCACAAUGCGUAUUUCAGUCUUCACUAGUGUCAAUGUAGUGUGCCAUAACCAUAUCGUCAAUUUAUGAAACAUGUAACUAAAAUAAGGCAAUAUACUUAAUAAAAAAUAUCAAUAUGAUCUAUAUCAAGUAAAACACCUGUAAUAUGUGAUAAGUGAUUAACAAGUCAAAAUAUACUCCCAGGUAAAGUAAUUUAAACAUUAUUUAAGACAAGGUAUUAAUUUCUACAUUUUUGCUUGCAAAUAAAUAUGUCGAUGUAAAAGUUAUUCAUAACUAACUCACGUAUUAUUUCAAAUAUAAUCGCAAUGAAAGAAUGUUAUAUACUAAGAUUUAGGAAAAAGUUGGACGUCUUUUAUAUUUACUUAAUGCAUUGCAUUGGCAAGUUUAUACUCAUAUGAGUUGAAUAUCCUUUUGAAUCAUUAUUCUUAGAAUGGUUAAAUGUAGAAAAUCAUAUCACAUAGUUCAUGUAAUUGAUUACGUUGUUAUGUAGUUUAUUUUUAUUUUAACCAGUCCCUUAGUUUAAUGAUUGAUUAAUACAUAUGAAAUUAGAAUCAGUAUUACAUGAGGUAAAUAGUUAGUAUUUAUUGUAUUUAAAAUAUAAUAUUCGUUGGAUCAAACCGAAUGUAUACAUAAUUAUUGCAAUUUUAAUUGAAUUAAAAAAUAAUAGCUAUACAACGUUUAUGCUAAGGUAUAUUUAUAAAAAGUAAAAUUUAAAACGGCUUUAAGGUUUAAUGAAUAAAAAAUAUAUUUUUCAUUGUACUUUAAUUGUUGGUUUAUAUGUUAAGAGUGUAUAAAAGCUUUGGCAAAGUCCUUCGAACAUUACCAUAAACUGGAUGCAAUAAUUUUACUAUAAACAAUAAGCUAAAGUAAUAUAUAAUUAAACUGUAUUAUAUAGUUUAUUGUAGCUAAUUAGUACCUUAUAUAUUACAGGUAAUAUUAGAUUGUAUUUAGGUCACAAUUCCAAGAAAAAAUCAUUAAUUUAAUGAGUUGUUACAAAUGUGGUCAGAUAACACCAUAUCAAUGACAGUGAUAAAAUAUGUUUUGAAAAUAAUGAAUGUUGUCCUAUAAUUUAUUGUUGGACAGUGGAUAUGUAUCUAUUUUCCUUAUUAAACAUAACAACCACAAAUUGAAAAUAACUUGAAAUGAUAUAAGAUACUUUUAAAAGCAAAUUUUUACUUUUCUUGUUCCUUAGAAAUAAAAAAAAAUGCAAUAGGGAAAUGUGCAAGUUGGUCUAUAUAUUUGAAUGCUUAGAGCUUGGAGCUUCCAUUUAUUAAUAAAUGAUAAAACAUAGAGAUCUAGUAAACAGAUUUUGCAAAUGUUACAUCAACGAGUAGCGGUUCCUUGAUGUCCUUUUCUAGUACUAGUUCCUUUUAAUAAAAUACAAAAAUUGGUGACAAAAUUUGUAUCUUGCAGCGUAAAAAAACUUUAUAUUCCCGACAACCUUGUAUUUCUAUUUCGGAAUUAAAAAUACAACAAUAAAAAAAUAUACUAUUUCACUUAAAAUUUACAUAAUAUAACAUUAUUAGAAAUAGAAUGUUAACAACACAAAAUAAAAAUAAAUUUCAACAACUGCUCGGGGCCAAAAACACACGAUAACGUUUAACAGAGUAAAUAAUAUAAAAAAAUGUUAUUUCAAAUGCAAUAAACAUUUUAAAUGUAAUUAGAUCUUUUUACAACUCUUAAUGUUUAAAUUUUAUCAAUGUUGUUUCUUGCACAACCGGUUUCAGAGAGCUAGUUCUGUAAAUUUACUUUAUAAGAGGUUGUUGCUUCGUUUUUAUUUAAAAUUAUACCUCAACGAUUUCGGGGACCGAUUCUGGAUAAUGUGUAUUGUCACAAAAGUGCGUAAUGUUCUAAAUGAGUUUAUAUUAUGUGUUACUUAUUCGUCAUGUUAAUGUUAACGAUUAGAAUGCCAUUAAUUGUUAGCGUAGAGUUGUUGAAUGGUUCUAUUGUAUGUUGAAAAUGAAUAUAUCGUGUACAUUUUGUUAGAAUAGUGACUAAAAUGUUAGUGUAAAUAAUAUGUGUUUUGUAUAAGCUUUGGGAAUCUUGGCUUAGUUGGGCUGUGUACUUUUUGUUUCUUGACAGUACAAAUAUAUCUUUGUUUAGUAAUUUGUGGUGCUUCUCAAAUAUUAACAUUAGAUUAAGGCCCUUAGAAUAGUUACAAAAAACUACGACGAAUUAUGCUAUUUGGAAAAAAAUGUCUUAUUUAAUGAAUGGUAAAACUACAAAAUACGAGUAUCGAUUUAAAUAUAAAUAGUUAUUUAAAAUAUUUAAUUUACGAUUGUAAUGAGUGCGUCCGAAGCAACAUUUGCAACAUAGCAAUGCAAUAGAAUAUUUAGUAUUUGGGUACUAACCCGUGCAACAAACGACAAUAAUUAAGCCUUAAGAACUCCUAUCCAAAUAAAUAACAGCUGUACAUAUUGCAAGCUUUUCGUAUACUGUAGCGCUUUAGGUAUUGUAACGUUUUAGAUAAUUAUUUGAGAUCGUACGCUGCAUUUAUUAAAUAUAGUUAAGUAUAAAAUAGUUGUUGAAGAAUUUACAUCGUUGAUAGAGCAAAUUUAAAGUUUGUCUCAGAUGAUACAAAAUCAUAGGGGGGAAAUAUAUUUAAUACUAUAUUUGACAAAUAGGGGUUAUAAUCUCCUUUGGUAAUAAAUUAUGAACAAUUUUGUAAAACAAUCCAUUGAAGAUGAAUAUAAUGAUCUAUGAUCUUUAAAUUACGUUGAUUGUAGAUCUAUACCAUUCAAUGUUACUGUAUUUACCUACCUCAAUCUGACUACGAGUAUCAAUAAAAGUGGAUUAUUUAAAAUUAAUUGUCAUAAAUUUGUAAGUAUCUGGUUUUCAAUCAGACAAAAUAAACUACGAGCUCUCAAAUACAAAUUUAUAUUUGAAACGGUUUAAAGGUUGGUUAGCAUCACUGGAUCUCUAGAAGUAAACCAGACUGUAGGGGGCAAAGUCUUGAAGGGAAUUUUAGUUACUAUUCGCCCCUUAGAUAUAUUUUAAGCUUUAAAUGACACUAAAUUCGUAAAAACAGGCUAAGUGUUUGAAUAUGGGUGUUACAGAGUAAACCCUUACUGCAUUAAGUAUAAAGAUAGGUUGAAAUUUGUAUUAACUGAAAAUUCAUUGAAAAACUACAAUCUUUAUCAGUUUAUCACGGAUGUCACGUGGUAAAUCAUUGUAAAUAAUAAAACUCAUUCAUCGUGCUUUACUGGAAAAGAAAUAUGAGGUAGGAUUAAUUAAAAUAUCAUAUUAUUCUCUCGUCGCACAAUUUGGGGGAAAAGAAAAUUAGGAAUCGCAUGACUGUUUCUGAAACGCCAAUACUUCAUUUAGUCUAAAAAUAUCUUUUAAUCACCAUAAACUAUUUUUACAUGCUGACGACCUUCAGAGACGACCGAGGUACCAUUUCAAAACUAAACUAACCAUGUAUAACUAAAAUAUGUAGCUGAAAAGCUCAGUCUUAUAAGUAAAAGUUAAUUUGACAUAGAGUUUAUAUUAAACACAUACCCAAAUAUUUGAAUAUAUUUUAAAAUAAAAUUACAACUUUUAGUAACAUCUGAAGUUUGUACAAGAAUUAUCAAUAUUUUGUUCAUUACCAAAGUACCUUUCCUUACAACUAAAAUAAAAUUAGAAAAAUGACAAUUAACUCGGAUUUAGGAAAAAAGCAAUCACAAUUACAUGGGUAAUAUUGGCUGGGAACGUUUCUACAUAAAGAAACGAGAACUAUAAUGGUUCUACUAUUAAUUUGUAUGCUAUUAGAUAUAAUGAUUUAUAAUGAUACAGGAAAACAGAAUUUAAUAACGAUUUUAAAUUAACUGAAAAUUACUUAGUAAAACUCUCUGAGAUGUUAAAGCUAAUCAACUCAGUCGUGAUGCAUGUACUUUUUCAAUGAUAUAAUAGUUUAUUUGUUAUUAGGAACUAUAUAUUUUCCUAAUUUUAUCAUUGACUAUUAAUACUCACAUAAGUAUUUACAGUCAAUGAUUUUAUUUCAUCCAGCUCAGGCUUAGCUUGAAAGUUGGUUGUUGAUUCCCAUCUUUCCUUGUUUGUAUGUUUCCAAAACCCUAUCUGGUCCCUAACCUUGUACAGUUAUUGUUAGUGUGUGCCUUUACAGGGCCAAAGUUGUAAGUGUGCCUGUUGGCUUAUUGUUAUUUAUGCUUGCUUUAGUGUACCAUUUUGUGUUGUGCCGUCGCUUGCCCUUUUGUAAGUGUGUUUUUUUACUGUUACAGGCUGUUUGCUAUUGAAUGUUGUCUUAUUAUUUGUAGAUAUGCUAAAGAUUCUAUUGGUUGGGUGACGGACUUAAAAUAAAAUGUAAAUUUACUGUUA